UGCAUCAAAUUCCCUGGUAGCACCGAUUUACGACUAUUUUGCGCGUCUUGACUUGAGCACGUGCAUCGGAAGUUCUUUAGCCAGUGACUAACCCAGAAAGUACCUGGGCAAAAAAAAGAGCUUGUCUGCGGCGCGAACUACCAGCCCCUGCCUUUCGCGACAGACGUGAGCCUCAAGCGUCAUCUCCUAUCUACAAACUUCUCAGCUUCAAACCCGCACCGCGAGAUCGAAUAUUUAUCGCUAAUUUCCUAAUAUCAAUUAAAUUACGCGAUUCUGGGAGACGAAGCACUAAACACUCCAACGUCAUGAGCGACUUCGGUCAUUUCGGCUCCGAUGAGGAGUACGCAACUGUGCGCAAGCACAAUGCUGAGGUGGAGUCCGACCCCGAUAACUUCGAGCACUGGGAGAACCUCAUCAAAGCUUGUGAGACAUUGGAGGGUGGCUUGAAUCGCAACUCAAGUCCUCAAGCACUAGCAACCUUCCGCGAUGCCUACGACAGAUUCCUCAUUAAAUUUCCUCUGCUCUUUGGUUAUUGGAAGAAAUAUGCUGACAUGGAGUUCAACAUUGCCGGCCCCGAGUCUGCUGAGAUGGUAUACGAGAGAGGAUGCGCGAGCAUCACCAAUUCUGUCGACUUGUGGACGGACUACUGCUCCUUCAAGAUGGAGACAACCCAUGACCCACACCUCGUCAGAGAACUCUUUGAGCGAGGAUCAGCCUUUGUGGGACUCGAUUUUCUUGCCCAUCCUUUCUGGGACAAGUACAUUGAGUACGAAGAGCGUCAGGAAGCACAAGACAAAAUUUACGCCAUCCAUGCACGAAUCAUUCGCAUACCAAUGCACCAGUAUGCACGUUACUACGAGAGGUUUCGAUCGCUAUCCCACAAUCAACCCAUCACAGAGGUGGUGUCUGCCGAAGAUCUCUCACGUUUCAGGGCGGAGGUUGAGGCUGAAACAAUUGCUUAUGGCGGCGGUCCUAAGGCUGAGCUGGAGAUUGAGCGCGAUGUUCGUGCAAAGAUCGAUGCCAUGUACUACGAAAUUUUCACCGCGACGCAAACUGAGGUAUCGAAGCGCUGGACCUACGAAUCGGAGAUUAAAAGACCCUACUUUCACGUUACCGCUUUAGAACACAAGGACUUGGUAAACUGGCGCAAAUACCUGGAUUUCGAGGAAGCUGAAGGUGAUUUUACACGAACCGUUGCUUUGUAUGAGCGAUGUCUUGUUACAUGCGCUUAUUACGAUGACCUCUGGUUCCGAUAUGCCCGGUGGAUGAGUGGCCAGGAAGGCAAGCAAGAGGAAGUUCGCAACAUCUAUGCACGUGCUUCGACGAUGUUCGUGCCUGUUAGUCGACCAGGCAUUAGACUGCAAUGGGCUUACUUCGAAGAAAGUGCUGGCCGAGUUGACGUUGCUCUUGACAUCCACGAGGCAAUCCUUCUGAGGCUACCGGAUUGCGUCGAGGUCAUUGUGUCAUGGGCCAAUGUUCAGCGACGACAGAACGGCCUUGACGCUGCUAUUCAGGUGUUUAAGGACCAGAUCGACUCUGCUACGGUAGACAUGUACACCAAGGCUGCUUUGGUUGCAGAAUGGGCUCUGUUGCUCUUGAAAGCCAAGGGUUUGGUGGAAGAGGCUCGCGGGGUUUUUGUGAAGAACGUACAGUGGUGUGCGGACAGCAGGUUAUUCUGGGAUCGAUGGUUCAAGUUUGAGUUGGAUCAGCCAACGAGCGCCGAGAAUGAAGCUCAACACAGUGAGCGCAUGAAGAAAGUAUUCGACGAGCUCCGAGAACGAAGCCGACUCUCCCCAUCAGUCAAGAAGGACUUGACCCAAGUAUAUCUCACGUACUUGGUCGAGAGAGGCGACAAGGAUGCCAUGAAGGUAUUCUUGCAAAUCGAUAGAGAAAUCUUUGGGCCAUCGUCGGUAGCCAAACUCUCUACAGGCAGCGGUAAGGAGAAUGGGGCUGCAAAGGGAGAGCUGGACGAGGCUAGCAAGCAGAGGGCCGAGGCCCAAUACUCUCAUUUCUAUGAGACUCAUGGUGAACCAGACGCUGAUGCGCAGGGCAACGCAGACUUCAACUGAGGAUGAAAAAUAUGGUGGACUGAACUGGACGUGAAAGGUGUUCGAGGCGCUGGUAUCCAGGAGAACUUAAUCAAGUUGUGGGGCACUCGAGUUGUACUAUAAACGAAACGGCGCCCCUGCAUAUACAAUAGCAGAGGUGGCUUGGAUGAACCCGGAGGAUAAGGUACGGCUAUUCAGCAUAUUUCUGAGUCUUGGAAGUUGGAAGUUGCCUUAAUUUGGCGGGCAGAGAAUUAUUCUUGACGACAUAUCACAAGUUGUAGAAGAAAUCUAUAUCUAUCCUUGAG